ACACACAUCUGAAUCAGCAGACAAAUAAAACGACGAAAGAAACCCCUAACGACCCAACCAAACACAAUGGAUAGGGUUUUCUCCGUCGAAGAAAUCUCCCACCACUUCUGGUCCUCUUCCUCCGCCACCACUACCGUGGAUGACGAUAACAAACCCGGUUCUAAGAUGAACCGUAGUGAUUCAGAGUGGGCUUUUCAGCAGUUUCUUAGAGAAGAAGUUAAUAAGAAAGGUGAAGAUAAAGGAGAAGAAGAAGAAGAAGAAGAAGAAGAAGAAGAAGAGGAGGAGGUGCAGGCUAAGGAGGAGCUGAAGAAGAAGAAGAAUGGGAUGAAGGUGUUGUUUAAUGGGUGUUUAGAGAACAACAAUAAUAAUAAUGCUUCCGUGGAUUUAGAUGAAUACCAGGCUUUUCUUAAGAACAAGCUUAAGUUGGCUUGUGCUGCUGUUGCCAUGUCAAGGGCAUCUUUUGUAAACCCCCAAGACUCUUCUGCUAGAGCCGACAGUGGAUCACAGGAAUCCAAUACUCCACAAUUGGGACCCAAAGCUACUUCUAAAGGAGCUGGUGAUAAGGAUGGUAAUGCAACGGUUGGAAUUCCUUCUUUGCCAAAGGGACAGAAGAAGUCUGGAGCUCAGGUGAGGCCAAGUACAAGUGGAUCAUCGAGAGAACUGUCAGAAGAGGAUGAAGUUGAAGGAGAAAAUGAAACAAUGGAGAACAUGGAUCCUGCUCAUGCAAAACGUGUAAGGAGGAUGCUUUCCAAUAGAGAGUCAGCUAGGCGCUCUAGAAGAAGAAAGCAGGCUCAUUUGACAGAAGUUGAGACACAGGUUGCACAACUAAGAGAUGAAAAAGCAAACUUAUUGAAGCGCCUCAGUGACGUUAGCCAAAAGUACAGUGAAGCAGCUGUUGACAACAGAGUUUUAAAAGCUGAUGUUGAAACAUUGAGAGCAAAGGUAAAAAUGGCUGAAGAGGCUGUCAAAAGAGUCACCGGUUUGAACCAUUUGUUCCAUGCCUCACCUGAAAUAUCAACAAUGGGCAUGUCAUCAUUUGAUGGAAGUCCGUCUGAUACGUCAACAGAUGCUGCUGUUCCUGUGCAAGACGGCCCAAAGCAGCCCUUUUAUCCGACUGCUGCAAACAAUCCUAUAUCCACUCAUAACCUGAGAAUCAACGAUGCACUCACAGAUAUUUCUUCAGUUGAAAACGUACAACCAAAUUCUGGAGGGUCAGCAGUAACAAGAAACAAAAUUGGACGGACAGCUUCUUUGGAGCGAGUGGCUAGCUUGGAGCAUCCGCAAAAGUGCAUCAGCGGGGGUGUAAGCCUCUUUGGGCCCCAGUCUAACAGGGAGCAACAGUAGCAAGGCACACAAGCGCAGUUUAAAGAGAGUUUUUACUGAAGAAUGCCUUGGAACGACCGAGCUGUACUAUAUUUCUGCUUUAACUUGUCGAAACAAUGUAGUUCUUUAUGUUAAUUAUGUAGUAAUGGCAACUGCUAGAUUUAACCUUUCAAUUAAUCAUGUGACAUAUGUUCGAAAGAUUGGCUAAUCAAUACAGUGGUCGAUUUUACCAUGGCCAUUUCCGUUGCA